GGGUGCCGACUGUCGCCCCUGAAGCGGACGCGGGCUGCGGCAGCCUUCCCCGCCUUUGCGGCGUCCCCCGGAGCGGCGGCGGCGGCGGCUGCGUUUCAGCCGCGGAAGAAACACCCCCUUCCCGCGGGGCGCGCAGAGCCGCAGGCUCCCUUCGGCACGGACGGGGGCCACGCGAAGGGCAAGGCGCGGUUCUCAGCACGCCAGCUGCCCAUCACUUUCACGUCCCCGAGGAGCGCUGGGGAAGGGGCACGGGUAGGUCCCUUUACGCGUCGCAUCCACAGGGGGCGGGGACCUUCUCUGUGGUUCCGGCUGCACCUACGAGGAAGUGGCGAGCUGAGUCCUCCCGUCUGCAUCGAGCCGACUCAGGGCUCGCUCUGUGCAGCUGUGCGGGGCUUUGGCGCGGCUGUGCGGACUCCUGGAGGCUUCAGGAGAUAGAGAAAACGAGAUGCCCUCAGUGCUGAAGUGGUCUUCUCUGCCAGUGGCAGGCAUGGUCUCGGAGUUGAAGUUCCCAGUUCCUUGGGGCCACAUUGCAGCCAAGGCCUGGGGAUCCCCGCAAGGCCGUCCCAUGCUCUGCUUGCAUGGCUGGCUGGACAAUGCCAACACCUUCAACAGACUCAUCCCAUUGCUCCCUAAAGAUUACUGUUACAUGGCCAUGGAUUUUGGGGGCCAUGGCCUGUCAGCCCAUCGGCCCGCAGGCUUUCCUUACCACUUCCUGGACUAUGUGAGCGAGGUUCGCAGGGUGACAGCAGCCUUGAAGUGGAGUCGAUUUACUCUAAUGGGCCACAGUUUGGGUGGAAGUGUCGCAGGAAUGUUCUCCUGCAUUUUCCCUGAGAUGGUAGAUAAGCUGAUCCUGGUGGAAUCUUAUGGCUUCUUUCCAGCUCCUCAGGGUCAGGACAAAGGCCCAGGAUUAGGUAGGGAAAGGAAGUUGAACUCCCCUCUUCCCUCUAGAGAUGAGCCAUCCAAGUCAGAGGAAAGUGACGCAUGGUUGGACUCUAAGAAGAAGGUGAUUGAAAGUCUCCUGCGUCUGGAGGAGAACAAGCCCCAGCCCCCUAAAAUUCGCAGCCCCCAAGAAGCGCUGCAGAGCACAUGCUAUGUCUUCCCCAGGCUAUUACAAGCCAACAGCCACCUGACAGAGGAGAGUGGGAGGAUCUUAUUGCAGCGAGGAGCGACUGAGGUGCCGGGAGGCCUGGUGUAUAAUAGAGACAUGAGAGUCCUUAACCACAAUCAAGAUCCCCUGACUCUGGAGCAGUGUGUGAGCUUCUUGAGCAAAAUCCAGGCCAGUGUCCUAAUGAUCAUGAUGAAGCUGAGUCAAGGAGCCCUUCACAACUGGCUAGCACUGCUGGACACUCAGGGAGGAAGAGUCUCUAGGCUGUCGGAGAGAACCCCCAAAGUAGUAUUCAUGCUUCUUCUGAUCAUCUACCCCAUGGGAAGCCUUCACUUCCCAACCCAUGCAAGGGGCUGCCACCAUCCCUCCUGUUAAAGGUGGAUUUUCUUAGCCUGAGCCUUGGGACAAAAGAUUUCUUCCCCUUCUGCAGGAUUCUCCCCACUUUCUUGGAGACUCCUGCUCAUUGGGUCUUUCAAAGCUUGUAUCUAUGCACUUGUGUGCACAGGCUCCUAUGUUGUAACUUUUGUUACCCUGCUCAGAAAUGGGAGCGAGAGCGAGAAAUACUUGUAGUGGAGCUCUCAUGGUGGAAAGACCCAUUGUAUAACAUUGCUUAAUUCCUGUGGUGUGUACGUUUCACUCCCACCUGCUGCUCUCUGCUGCCAGCUUGCUCCUCCUCUCAAUCCAACCCAACCCAACUCCCAAUUCACCUUGGCACCGCAUGAGUGGGCUGGAGUAACAGUGGGAGAAGCCUGAUUUAUAAAAGAGCAGGGUGUGUGUGUGUGUGUGUGUGUGUGAAAUGACCAAAGAUUCUAAAAUGGCUGAGUAGGAGAGCUGCUUUCUAGAGUCUGCCUUCAACAAGAAAAAUAAGCACAAAGCUCUCAUCCAGUCUGGAUUGCAUGUAUCCUAGAGCAUUAUGGCAAUGAACUAUCAACUUUACUCUAGGCACUACUGUAAUACAAAUAAUAAUAUUUUCAAAAUAGUAGGGGAAAGUUUGUUUCUCUCUUUUCUUAUCCUUCUAUGGGGAUCUCUUUCAUAAGGGGAGGAGGCACUAAAUACAGCAAUGCAGACACAAAGUGCAGGUAAUUAAGUUAAAUAACACUACUGGGCCCUACGCUAAUAGCAAUAAGCCACCCCCAGGUAUGUAUGAAAGAAGGGUGUCAGUGCAUUUCUCAGGUUUAGGUUACACACACAGACACCUGAGGCUAGUGCAAUAACCUGCUAGGGUGCCCCCCGUGAUGGCUUAUUGCUGUGAUCAACAGCAAUGUCUCACAAGGGAAGCUUUCGGAGAGGAGCUGGUGUUAAACUCAGAUGUAGAACAGGUGGCAGACAGCACAUUGAAGACCUAGUACGGCUCCCCUUGAAGUGUAUGACAGAGAUAUUCAUGUCACUGGGAGCCCAACUGGACCCUUAGUGUAUAUAGAUUAUACUGUACCAACUAAUAGUGAGGGAGGAUGAGGCAACCCAAGGAGGAGACACUAAGGAGUUAGCUCGGAAGUGGAUCUCAUUAUAAUAAUACCUACCUCUUUUAUGAAGCACUCAUCAUCAGUAGAUUUUAAAUGUUUUACAAAGGAACUUAGUAUCAUAGUAUCAAGAAACCUGAGAAGAUCUUUAAAACUCUGCCUCUAACUACUUCUCAUUGCCUGAUUCUCUCUCCACCAGUGAUGCUAGCCUGGCUUACCCAUUUCUCCACUCCUCCCAGAGUUGAAAAACCCAUCCCCGAAACUAAUUUAAAACUAUUACCACUUCCUCCCUCAAAGCUCUCAACUGCCGGCUUUUAUCACAGCUCCUCUAAGAAGAGGCAGCUGGGCACAAAUUGAUGAUAAUUUAAACAAGGCAAAACAAGUAAAUUAUAAACAUUAUAUUCCCCUGCUCACUUCUGUAUGUUGCUCCUC